AGCACGAGCUGCCGCUCGCUCGGUCAGGGCGCCCCCUCCGCCCGCCUCCCGCUUCCUCCUCGGCUGCCUGCCGCUGCCGCCGCCUCCACCAUUGUAUAAUGCUCCGAGCGCGCAGGCAGAGGACGGCGGAAUCUUAGCCCUGGUCUCCGCUCCUGCCCGCUCCCCGGCGCCACCCUCGGGCCCCCGGAGCGGGGGACUCCGCAUGGGGCGGGUAUAGCUUGAGGAGAGGGCAGAAACCCCUCCUGAUGCGUUAGUUCCCAGCUGGAGCUGCAUGUGAUAUAUGUUGGGUAAAGGAGGAAAGCGGAAGUUUGAUGAGUAUGAAGAUGGGCUGGAAGGCAAAAUCGUGUCUCCCUCUGACGGUCCAUCUAAGGUGUCCUACACCUUACAGCGCCAGACUAUCUUCAACAUUUCCCUUAUGAAGCUCUAUAACCACAGGCCCCUGACCGAGCCCAGCCUGCAGAAGACCGUUUUAAUUAACAACAUGUUGAGGCGGAUCCAGGAGGAACUCAAACAGGAAGGCAGCCUGAGGCCGGGGCUGGCGCCCUCCCCGCCGCCCGCCGACCCCCUGAGCCACAGCUACCGGGAGGCGGCGCCCGCCCUGCCCUGCGACCUCGACCCCGGAAGCACUACGCCCCUGGAGUCCUGUCUCACCCCGGCCUCCCUGCUCGAGGCCGACGACCACGACACUUUUUGCACUUCGCAGGCCGUGCCGCCCGCGGCCCCUACCAAACCCUCGCCUCCAGCCCUCCCACUGGAAAAGGACAGUUUCUCCUCCGCCUUGGACGAGAUCGAGGAGCUCUGUCCCACAUCUACCUCCACAGAGGCCGCGGCGGCAGCAGCUGACAGCUCGAAAGGGACCCCCAGUGAGCCCAGCGUCCUGAGACCCGACGGGCUCCCCGAGGGCCGCCCGGAGGACCCGAAGCUCCUGGACUCCCUGCCUGGGAAUUUUGAAAUAACAACGUCCACGGGUUUCCUGACAGACUUGACUCUGGACGACAUCCUGUUUGCUGACAUUGACACAUCGAUGUAUGACUUUGACCCCUGCACGUCCGCGUCAGGGACAGCCUCAAAAAUGGCCCCGGUGUCUGCUGACGACCUCCUCAAGACCCUGGCCCCGUACAGCAGUCAGCCCGUCACCCCGAGCCAGCCUUUCAAGAUGGACCUCACGGAGCUGGACCACAUCAUGGAGGUGCUCGUCGGGUCCUAAGACCGCGGGGCCCGCCCGGACCCGCCAGCGCACCCGCUGCCCUGACCACCCCUCCGCACUGUGCAUGCACCCUCGCUUGCCUUUUCAGAGAACAAGAAAAUUUUACAAAAGGAUCACACUAGUUUUUGCUUUGAGCAGAGUUGGAGUGCCUUCAUCCAAGUAUGACCACUUUUAAUAUGCUCUUUUGAGUGGUUCCUCUGAGACCUACUACUCUGGUAUAUAGGAAAGAAGACAUUUGAAGACAGUGUUGCUAUGUUGAAUGACAAAAACAGUUUUGAAGUGAAGCACAAGGAUUAAGUUGGAAAAGCUGUAAAUUGCAUGUGCAUAUUUGUCUAUUUUUUCUAUAAGUUUUAUUGCAAGAGGUAAAAAAGAAAAAAAUAUAUUAUUUAGA